AUGGCGCUGCCCACCAACACCGAUCAGCUCACUUACAUCCCCGCCGCGGAGAUCGACCAAGUCUUCGCCCACACCACCAACCUGGCCUCGUCCGGCUUGAACAGCAAGGUCCUGGCUACUUCUAAUGAAUACUUCGCUGCGGCCUCCAACCUCCUCACACCCACUCCCCCCAUCAACCGCCCCGGCGUCUUCGUCCACACCGGCGCCUGGUACGACGGCUGGGAGACCCGUCGCCACAACCCCGAGCCCUACGACUGGGCCGUGAUCAAGCUGGGGGUGGCGGGAGCCACGAUCCAGGGCGUCGAGGUAGACACGGGCUUUUUCAUCGGCAACUACGGCGAGAAGGCCGAGCUGCAGGGCACCUACGCCCCGGCCGACAGUGGCGUGUCGGACGCCGAGAUCGCAAACCCCAACUUCGCCGGUUGGUCCACCAUUCUGCCCGCGCAGCCCUGCGGUCCUUCGCAGCGGCGCGCGUGGAAGCUCAACGACUACGACCCCGCCAGCCCCAAGCCCUACACCCACGUGCGACUGCUGAUGUACCCGGACGGCGGAUUCGGCCGCCUCCGCCUCUACGGCCAGGCCAUCCCGCCGGCCUUGCCUGUCGCCGCCGCCUCGCAGGCCCCCGUUGAGGAGCUGUCGUCUGCGCUGCUGGGUGGCUUGGCGCUGGGCGCCUCUGACCAGCAUUUCACCCCCUGCUCGAACCUGCUGCUCCCCGGCCGUGGCAAGGACAUGGGAGAUGGGUGGGAGACCGCGCGCUCGCGUACUCCCGGCCAUGUGGACUGGGCCAUCGUGAAGCUGGGCCUGCCUGGCUCUGUCAGCAAGAUCGUGGUCGACACGAAGGACUUCCGUGGAAACUUCCCCCGGACGGUCCGCGUCCAUGGACUGGUUGCCGGGAGCACCGCCGAGGGAGAGGUGCCUGCGCACGACCACGCCGGGUGGGUGGAGCUGAUCAAGGGCGAGAAGCCGUGCCAGGCGGACACGGAGCAUGUGUUUGAGGCGGCGGACCUGGCCGUCGGAGGCGAAGACACCCGGACGUUCACGCACGCCAAAUUGACCCUCGUGCCGGACGGCGGAGUCAAGCGUUUCCGAGUUUUUGGAAAGAGAGACGCGGCGGCAGAUGCUGCCCGACCGGCCUUGCGACUGUAG